CUUUAUUGCUACACCACUUGAAACCUUUGUUCCCUCUGAGUCUAUCAUCAACAUCAACUUUUAGCGUACAAGACUCGAUUCAGUUCAAGAAAAGAGUUUGCAAGGAAACACACCUUUAAGUCAGCUAAACUUGAAGAUUAACGAGGCUAGAAAUCUUUUUUAUUCUCUUACUUCACGCAUUGAACAUUACCGAUCUGAAGUAAGGUUUGCGAGCUGCUUUAACCAGUAAAAAGCAGCCAAUUCGACUUCCCUCUAUCAUUACAUCUCCCUACCAUCCUUGAAAAACCUUUGCCACUCAAACAAACCUAAUGUCGACGAUCAGUUCGAACCCAUUUGCUCUUCUGAGCGGAGGUGACUCCGAUGAUGAAGGAGGUCGACCAAUGGUCAAAGCACCAACCCCAGCCGUUGCUCCUGUGAAGAAACCCAACACAGCCCAACAGCAACCCAAGCGUGAUCGAGGUGAUUACCCAUCCCGAGGUGGACCCCGAAAGGUUUAUGGUGGUGCACCUAGUGCUGCUCCGAUCGGUGAAGUCGAAGUGAUCGGUGCUAAAGCCGCUGGGUUCACCAACAAUGGUCGUGAUGAUCGAGGUGAACGUCGUGGUGGAGGUGGUGGCCCACGUGGUCGUGGUGGUCGCGGCCGAGGUGCAGGCCGAGGUCGGGGUGGUGGUCGAUUUGAUGAUCGCCCUGACCGUCACAGCACCACUGGUGUUCACGACACUGAUCGUAAAGUCGCCUCAGGCUGGGGUGCCGAAGAAGGUAAACAAGAACUUCAAGCUGAGACCGAAGGAUGGGGUGAUGCCAAGGCUGCCAUCUCGCCCAAAGUACCUGAAGGUGCUGAUGAAGGAUGGGGCGCUGGUGUGACCGAAGAAGGUUCACCAGCCGUUAACGGAAAAGCCGAUUGGGGAGCAGGCGAGGCCGGUACUCCUGACAGCAAUGAAAAACCUGUUGAAGAAGAAGACAAAACAAAGACCUUUGAAGAAUACCUAGCUGAGAAAGCUGCUGCUAUCAGUCCCUUGAUUGGCAAGAAAGAAGCACGAAAACCUAAUGAAGGUGCGGAUGAAAGUCAAUGGAAAGGUGCCGUUCAAUUAGUCAAAGGUGCUGAACAGGAAGAGGUUUUCUUCCAAGUUAACAAGGAAAAGAAAGCCAGCAACGCUUCUAGCAACAAGAAGAACAAGGAAAAGACUUAUAUUGAAGUUGAACCAUUGGGAUACCGACCACCACGAACUGGAGGUGAACGUGGUGGACGUGGUGGUGGACGUGGUGGAAGAGAUAAUGGUGAACCAAGAGAAUUUGGACGUGGUGGACGUGGUGGUGGUCGAGGUGGUCGAGGAAGAGGUGGAUUUGGUGGGAAUGGUGGUGGAAAUGGUGGUAGAGCAAAAGAAUUUAAUGCUGAAGACGCCAAUGCGUUCCCUAGCUUAAGUUAAACUCAAAAACUUAAAUUACUACUCUUUGAUUCAUAGCAUUGAAACUAGAGAAAGAAAAAAGAUCACACACCGUUGAUGAUAAAAGUUAAUGUUCUUUUGUUUGUUUGUGUGAUUGAUUGAAUUGAAUUGAUUGAAAUGAUUGGAUGCAAAAGACGUGUGUGUGUGUGUGUUUUGAAAUCAGAUAUGAAGAAAACAAUGGCGCUCUCGCAACGAAAAAAACAACAAAAUCUUUUCUUUCAUUAUUUUGUUUUUGUUUUGAUUUUUUGGGGAAAAGCAUGAAAGAAAAACAAAAUUGUAUAUGUGAGAUGCUUUCUUCAUAUAUAUAUACUUAUAUAUCUUUAUAUCUUGCUUUUUUUACCUUCAUAUUAGAAAUUAGAAUGUUUCACUUUUUUGACUU